AUGGCAGAGCAGAAGCCGCCGAUGGUCACCCGCCGGUCGCAGAAUCGUAACUGGUGUACGCAAACGUACAACUGCAACCGCUGCCGGGCCACCGGCGUCAAGGUCGAUGACAUGAUGUGCAACCUCGAGAAACUGGAGACGGCGCUCGGCAUGAAGAUGGACGAAUUUACCGGAAACUUCUCGGAUUUGCACGAUCAG